UGUGUGAUCGUGAUAACGCCACAGGCUCAGCUGAUCCACGACAGAAACACGGCGUCUCACGCGGCUCUAAGCGACAAGACGGACGCCACGCCGGAGCGAGUCCACAUGACCUGGACCAAAGACAAGUUCUGCACCGAACGAAACCGCAACCGAGAGCCCAACGCAAGCGUGGCUGUGCGAGACCUGUUCAACAUGAAACCCGAAUGGGAGAGUCUGAAUCAGUCUAAUGUGCGCUGCAUGCACACAGCCGUCAAACUCAAUGAAGUGGUGGUCAAUAAGUGAGACGAGCGAUGGCUCGAUUCAUAACACGACACUUUAAUUUAUGACUCUUACUGUUUUCUUUGGUUUGUUCGUACAAUCUGUGCUAGUUUUUAUGUCUGUUUAUUGUGCAACAUUGUUUGUUUUUUCCGAAGGCUAAAACGUUGAGUGAUAUUCAGCGUCACAAAAGCAGGUAAACAUUUGAGUUGCUAAUGCCCGUUUAAUAUUGAUUCAUUCGUCUCCAUUAUGAACCUGCAUUGCUUUUUUAUUUGCAUAUGCUAGCUAUGAUUCAAAUCACUUGAUACCCAAAAUAACAUCUAGCUUCAGUGAACCAGACCGCGAAAACAAAUGUUUGUGCUGUUUGGCAUAUCCAAGAUGCGAAAACGCACUUUUUCCGAUAUCAAGGGAAUGUUUGAGUUUUUUACAUUUGGAUAAUUUUAACAAUAAUGCAGCGCAGAUGAUGAAUGUGUCGGAAGACGUUACUGACUUCAUGAUACGGAUUGUGCAAUAACAUUUAUUCAUUAUCAAGGCAUCACUAGCCGAACAUGUCGUCCACUUACUGAGGGUUUUAUAUUAUAAAAGUUUAAAUGUUUAACGCGAACAGCGUUCAAGGAGAAAAGCCAUAAUGUUUGGUCUCGUUAUUGAGUACUGAGGUUUUGUUUUGGCUCCAUCUCGGCAUGAAUCGCUGAAACCAGUUUAAUCAGGAUAAUUUCAGCUGUAUUUGCACUUUUUAUUAGAAUUUUUUUUUUUUUUCGUAAAUUGUAUGAUGAAAGCACAGGGCACGGCUGGCCCAUCCAGCACAACAUUUGCUGAUGAUCAACACCAGCACUGCAAAAUCUUUUUCUCUCAGCAAUAAAUGUGUUUUUCGAUGAGAUGGAAUGAAAUUUUAUCUCUGUCUUGACAUUCAUGACGAUAUUGGGUUGUCAUUUAACACUUAACAUAUUAAGUAUGUUAAACUUGGAGAAUGCUUAAAUUAAACGGCAUUACUAUUAAGAGUAAUGUUUAAAAGCAUCCAGUUAAUGAUAGUAAUCUAUUAGGAUUGAAGGUGAAGUGUGUUUUUCCUAGUGGCAUCAAACGGAAUUGCAGUUUGUUUGUUUGUUUGUUUGAGUGACAACUGAGCUGGACGUUCACUCAACCAAUAGAGUGAAUUUGGGGGCGGGGCUAUUGGUUUCUGACCAAUAGCUGAUAGGGGGAGUGCUUAACAUUUGUUUGAAUACAGAAAUUAUGUUUAGAAAUGACACACUUCACCUUAAACAGGUUUAGGAACUAUUGUGUUUAGACAAUCACAAAGCAGUGUUAGCUAGAUUUACAUUUUAUUUUUGCUGUUCAUUUUUUUAACACGCCGUGUUCUUAUACUGUGACAAGCAGUAAGCCAUAUCUGUCAAUCUAACCUGUGACCCAUCUCAUUGGUCCAAAAUCACUGCAUAUUAAACAGCUGAUGUAUUCUGAUUGGCUGUGACUUUGCAGGAUUUUGUCUGUUUUCCGCAUUCAUUCAACUUGGUUAGGACACGGUGUCACAUGCAACGUACAUUACCGUUCAAAAGAUUUUUU